AUGUUUGAUUCACAACAGAACAAUGAUACAACAUUUGACGGUUCAAUUCAAAUGGAAACAAAAUAUGGAAAUCAAAUACAAAACGUUGAACAACGACAUGGUCAAAUCCAACAUUUAGAAAAUCAAAUUGUUCAACUGCACAGAAUACAUGGUGACUUUGCCGAACUUGUCGGUGGUCAUCAAAAUCUGAUUGAUAAUAUUGAAACUAUGAUCGUCAAGACUGAAGAUCAUGUAGUUGCUGGAGCGAUCAACUUAGUGAAGACUAAGGAAUCACAGUCUGCAAUACGUCGAAAGAGAAUUCUUUGCAGUUUAUUCUUUUUCAUUAUUAUUGUCCUUGCCAUUAUUAUUGGGGUGAUGAUAUACUUUUCUGGAAAACCAAAAUAA